AUGUCAGACAUACCACCAAACGCACCAUUCCCUAAGCCAGACUACACUCCGUUGUGCUCUAAUGGUCACAGCGAACUCCAGUGGAGAGUUGUUGCAUCCAAUGCACACGGAAACCGAGGCCGUUGGAUGGUAUCAUGUCCGUUUAUUGGACCUAAUGGCACCAUGUGCUCACACUUCCAGUGGGGUUCUCGUAGUCUGUCGUCGUCUCCAAACCCAUCGAUACCACCAGCAAUGCCACCACCUCCCCCACCUAUGCUACCAGUGCCUGUGACGUGCACUGAGUCCCAGUGUGCAUCAACACGCGUACAUCCUCUAUGUACCAACACAAUGUGCCGAAAACACUGUUGGGUCAUUGGGGGAUGUGACGCCAAGGGCCACUCUGUUAGUGGACCUGGACCUGUGCAGGCUACCCUCGUACCUGCACAGCCUCCUUCACCUGUAAUCAAUCCGGUCUUAAUGCAAGCUUCGCUCCCGGGCGCCAGUACAACGACACCGUGGUCAUCUAAUGCAUCCUCCUUGUUUUUGUCAUCUGUACCAUCCCACUCCACAUCUACUACACCUGCCUCCAGCGCUUCUGAGUCUGCAGUUUCUCUACACCCUACUACCACCAUUCCUGCUACCAGCAGGAGUAAAGGCAAACAACGUGCCAUGGCCCCGGCACAGGAAGGUGAUUUCUAUGCCAAUCCAAGAUAUCCUUCCCAAUUGCCGCCCGUUUUCACCAACGCGUACGCCAUGCAAGAAGAGGAAUGCCUUCGCAAACACCAAGCAGAAAUCCUCAAACACGAACUCGCUGUCACUGCCAAGAAUACAGUUAUGGUGUUUGGUUGGGCUGCAGCUGAUGUGUCGCCAACAAUUUGCGAGUUCCAGAGUGGCUUUGUCCUACCACGUGUGAGGGUGACGGAUGAAUGGCUUCGGAACCUUGGCCUCUCCGCACAUAUUGCAGUAACAUAUCUCCGUAUUAUACGAGUGAACGGACGUGCAUAA